GGCACAAAGCACCGUGACGUCACUCGUGGCUCACACACACCUGCUUGGAUGGGUAUUUCACUCUCUCUGUCCAAGCAGCAGGCAAGCAGCCAGUCUGGCUGCGUCCCCACUGUAGGAAGAUCUGGGCUCUGGAGCCAGGGAUUAUGAAACUGAACACCAUGAUUUUCCUACAGACACCUUAGAACCAUGUCAUCUCAGUCUUAAAACACCUGUAAGAAAGGACACGGUACUUUUCCAUUAAUAAAGCAAACACUUCAUCUUGCUCUGAUAACAAACAGUAAGUGAUAAGUGAUAAUGAAAAUGGCUUUAUUCCCAGUCGUGGUGUUUCUGGCUGCUGUUCUUGUUCCAUCUUUACCCACAGAAGGAAAGGAUCCAUCCUUUACUGCUUUGUUAACCACUCAAACACAAGUCCAAAAGGAGAUUGUAAAUAAACACAAUGAACUAAGGAAAUCAGUCUCUCCACCUGCCAGCAACAUGCUAAAGAUGGAAUGGAACAGAGAUGCGGCAGCAAAUGCCCAAAAGUGGGCAAACAAGUGCACUUUAGAACACAGCGUGCCAGAGGACCGAAAAACCAGUACAAAAUGUGGUGAGAAUCUCUAUAUGUCAAGUGACCCUACCCCCUGGUCAGAUGCGAUCCAAAACUGGUAUGAGGAGCGCCAUAAUUUUGUCUAUGGUGUAGGACCUAAGAGUUCUGAUGCAGUUAUUGGACAUUACACCCAGCUUGUUUGGUACUCUUCUUAUCGUGUUGGAUGUGGAAUUGCCUAUUGUCCCAAUCAAGAGAGUCUAAAAUACUACUAUGUCUGCCAAUAUUGUCCUGCUGGCAAUAAUGUGAGUAAAAAGAAUAACCCUUACCAACAAGGAACACCUUGUGCUAGUUGCCCUGGUAACUGUGACAAUGGACUAUGCACCAAUAGUUGCGAGUAUGAAGAUCUGCUUAGUAACUGUGAUUCUUUGAAGAAGACAGCUGGAUGUGAGCAUGAAUUGCUUAAGGAAAAGUGCAAGGCUACUUGCCUAUGUGAAAACAAAAUUUACUGAGAUGCCUAGGGCGCAUUGCACAGGACUAAGUGAAGAAGGUUACAUCAUUGAAUUGACACAUACCACAGGGAAAAUUGUAGGCAUGUUAGUUACAAAUACAGUUCCACACUGUAAGGCAUCUUAUUCUAUUGGAUCUAUAGAAAUCUCUUUCAUACAGCAAUUUACACGAACAGCAUAGUCAAUGACUACAGCUUUGGACUUUGAUAAAAAUUUUGUACUUUAAACUUAAUGAAUAGAAUCAAGUUGAGAAUUUUAAAGGUUGUAGAACCAUAGACCUUUGGUCACUAGAACUUUGAAUUAAAAUGGAGAAGUACAUGUUUCCUCAAACAACAUGCAAAAAAAAAAAAAGAGAAAGAAAAAAAGAGAGAGAAAGACACUGUAACAUCAUUGUCAUUCCUACUACAUGAAUUUUUACU